CAUUUUGGUGGAUCCUCUCCAGUGGUUUAAAGUUUUUAUGGGAAAACCAUAUAUUUGGCCAUCUGUUUUUAUUGUUUUGAGCCUUCAUGUAUUCAUCCUGAUAGCAUUUGUACUAGAAAAACUGAUGGAAAAUGUACUGGAAGAGAGUCGAGGAAGAGUUUUUGUAGCAAGCAACUUAGCAUUGGUUGUUCUGAUUCCACCUCUUGUGAUCCAUUCAACAGAGUGCAAUCCAAUUGGAUCCUCACUGGCUCUAGGUUUUACAAGUAUCGUUUUUUUGAAAUUGGUUUCGUAUCACAUGGUUAAUUAUUGGUGUCGACAAAAAAAGCUCCAGGCUCUAAACAGCAGAAAUCGUCGAAGAGGUUCCCUUGUUUCUUUAAAAAAACAUGAGAAAAACAGUCAUGAUGAAAAAGUAGCUCCUCAGUUGGUUAAUUAUCCAGACAAUCUUCACUUGGCAGGUGUGUGUGUUUAAUAAUAGUCGUAACAUAGUUUUAAUGGUAUUGUUUUGACAUACUAUAAGUUUGGUUGGGUUGGGCAUAGCCCAGUGAUGAGUCUGCUGGACUGUGGAUUUGAGGGUCCAUGCUUCGCUUCCAUGUAGU